CCCUCUCCACAGCGAUGCAGGGGUGGUAUCGGUGUUUGGGGAUGAGGUAUAGAUGGAUGUAGCCACCCACACAGCCUUUGGACUGUAGGUGAUGAAUGUUUAAGAUACUUAGAUGGCCUAGUCCUUUAUAUAUACUCGCAUUCUCGUACAUUUUUUCAUUCAGCUCGAUUGCGUGAUUCUUUUGGGAAGUGGGCAAUAAUAAGCGCGCGUCUAACGCUCACUAUUAGUAAUGAAACCACUUGCUUAUGUGAUCAAUGCCAAGACAUAGAGGCCUGUUUGGUUUGACGCUGGGAAAGGCGAAAGCUGGAGAGCAACAAGCGACAGCUUCAGACGACCAAGCAAGCAGACAAGGAGCUCUUCCAACAACCACGCUCAAUUCCCUUGCUACUCAACUCUGGCGGGAGACAACCUUCACUCUUCGUUACGUUUCCUCACACCUGUCACUCAUCAUCUAAUAAUCCAGUCGUCGGAGUAGCCAGGUCCGCACGAUACUCAUCAUGUCGGAUGGCACAUUAUUCAAGCCUGAGAAGGACUUCACGAAGGAUGUCGACCAGCAGAUCCCCGAGGCUGAAGCACUUGCGAAGGUAUGCCAAAAUCUCGCCGUGCUUACUAUUUGUAGUACUAACGGAUGGUGUUGAUAGACAAACGUUCAAGGCGCUAUCGACAAGCUCCUCGUGUUAGAGAAACAAGCACGACAGGUACGGGAUUUGCAAUCCACAUUUUGUGAAUACAAUAUUUAAUAAAGUGUUCUCAAGGCAUCUGAUCUUCCUUCGACCUCGAGGCUAUUGGUGGGCAUUGUUACAAUCUGCAAAAAUGCCCGCGAGUGGGAGCUCCUGAACGAACAAGUCAUUGGUCUCUCGAAGAAGCAUGGCCAGCUCAAACAGGCGAUAACAAAGAUGGUCCAGGUGGUGAUGGGAUUUUUGGAUAAGACGCCAAAUUUGGAGACUAAAUUGGCCUUGAUUGAAACGUUAAGGACAGUAACGGAGGGGAAGAUCUUUGUUGAAGUUGAGAGAGCGCGGGUAACUCGGGCUUUAUCCGAUAUUAAGAAGAGCCAGGGUGAUAUCGAUGCCGCCGCCGACAUACUUUGCGAGCUACAGGUUGAGACCUUUGGAUCUAUGGCCCGAAGAGAGAAGACGGAGUUCAUCUUGGAACAGGUUGCUCUUUGCAUAAAGAGGAAGGACUGGACACAGGCAAAUAUCCUGAGUCGCAAGAUUACCACGAAAUUCUUCGCCCGGAAACCCAAACGGACUCCCGAACAAAUUGAAAAGGACAAUAAGGAGGCUGAAGAGAAAGAAAAGAAACGUAGCCCUGAUGAUCCUCCAGUGGAGAAGCCAGAGGAUGUUACAGAUCUGAAGCUUCUUUACUAUGAACAGCAAAUUAUCCUUGCAAAUCAUGAGAGCAAGUACCUCGAUGUGUGCAAACAUUACCGGCAGGUUCUCGAUACCGAGUCUGUUGAAGAAAACCCUGAACAGCUGCGUGCAGUUUUGCAACGGGUCAUCUACUAUGUUAUCCUUUCACCUUUCGACAAUGAGCAGUCAGACCUUUUGCACCGUAUUCAAGCUGAUACGCGGAAUUCUCUUGUUCCCGUGGAGGCUCGGCUGGUCAAACUCUUCACAAUCAACGAGUUGAUGCGUUGGCCCAUGGUUGCAGAACAAUUCGGGCCCCAUCUCUGCAGCACUGAUGUAUUCAGUGCCAAACCUAACCACACAGCGGACGACCAGGCCUACCAACGCUGGCAAGACCUCCGGAAGCGUGUCAUUGAACACAAUGUCCGUGUCAUUGCCAAAUACUAUACUCGCAUCGAGAUGGGCCGACUAACUCAGCUUCUCGACCUAGACGAAGAGGAGACGGAGAAAUACAUCAGUGAUCUCGUUACAUCGAAGACAAUCUACGCUAAAAUUGAUCGCCCGGCCAGACUUGUCAACUUUGCCAAACCACGGGAUGCAGAUGACGUUCUGAACGAAUGGAGCAGUAACAUGAAGAGUUUGCUUGGGUUGCUGGAGAGAAUUGACCACUUGAUCACUAAGGAGGAGAUGAUGGCCAGGAUUCUUCCGUCCAAGGCUGGAAGGUCGAAGGCACGUUGAUAGAUAUGUUUGUUAGCAAAUGUGCAUUGAUAUGUACAACAAAUAAGAUGCCUAUAGACAAGCAGCCAUUGUCCAACUGCACUUCAUUUUCUUGAUCCUAUUUCAUUCUAACCAGUUCCCUGCAUAUGUAUAGGAUACAGCGGAACUGCCAAUGGUCCGGUCUAGUCCCGUCCUGUCUAAAUAAUCACAUCGUCUAUAUAUUCUAAGAUCAAGGUCCUCUUAUCAUCGUUCAACGGGGCCGCGAGUGUGUCUAGAAGGGCAUGUCCAUAUUCUCAACAUCGUCGUCGCCCGGAUUUUUCUUACCGUUGCCGUCUAAUCCCUCUAUGUGUAGCCUGAUAAACUGCACCGCUCCAUCCAAAUACGGUCUCUGGCUAGGCAAAAAGUGGCCACCAGGAUGCCACAAGACCCUACCAUCAGAUUCAGGGUUUCCAGCACAAGACUCAAUCAAUUUCCUGCUCCUUGCUUCUUCAACUAUCAUAUCCAAAGUCCCGAGAACAUGCAACACGGGCGUCUGAAUCUUGGGAUGUUCAUAGAAUGCUCUAUACCGGGUGCCAGGCGCUAUAAAUCCUCCGUAACAUAUCGCAAACUUCAUCGGCGGGUGUGAGAUUCCGGCAAAGGAAGGAGGAAAUGGAAUACCAGUCACCAUCUUCUUAUCC